AUGCAGCAGUCACCAGCUGAUAUUGAAGGAAGCACUAUAACAAAAGGAGGCAACACCAUCGUUAACUUGAUCAUGCUUGGUACUGUCAUUGAUAAAGGUUUUGAAGAUGCAAAGCAGGUUAUAGCAGCUUUAAAAGAUAAAGGCAUAUCUGCUAUUGGAGCAGCAGGAUUUUGCUGGGGUGGUAAGUUGUUCAACUUUCUCUUUAAAACAUUCAAGCUGCAGUGCCUAUUGCACCUGUCGUUUGUCUCUGUGGAUGAUUUUAAGGAGGUGGAGGCACCAAUAGCUAUUUUAGGAGCUGAGAUAGAGCACCUAUCUCCUCCUGAGCUUGUUAAGCAGUUUGAGGAGAUUCUAUCAUCAAAACCUGAGGCGGACAGCCUUGUGAAAAUAUAUCUUGGUGUUGCCCAUGGGUGGACUGUGCGAUACAACGUGGAGGACAAGAAGGCUGUGCAGAGUGCCCAAGAAGCUCAUCAGGAUAUGUUGAACUUCUUUGUAUGCGUUUAA